AUGUUUUAGGCUAUUAAAAGCAUAGAAUUAUAAACUAAGAGCUUGUUCUGCUAACUUUAAAAUGGCUUCAAGAGAACAAGUGCAUCCUAGAAGUUAAGAUAAAAAAUUAAAUAUCGUUCAAGCCGCCCUGAUAAAUUUAAAUUAGUUAGUAAACUCGGAAAAUUUGAUUUCACAAAGCCAAAUCUUAGUUUCCCUGUUAGCAUCCCUCUCAAAUUAAGCUAUGUUUAUCAACCCGCAAAGCAUACUCCUAAUUUGCCUACUCAUGAUUUUUUAAAUUUUAAAACUAUGACAGGAAACGAAAUUUUGUUAAAUCUUGAAAAUUAUGAAAAUUUGAGACCAUCUGAAAUUUGCGGUGCAUUAAUCGAACUUUCCAAAAGAGAAGGACAUGAAGAAAUCAAUUGGAACGAACAUGAAUGGGUUGCAGCAACAACUGAGCAUGUUACCAAAAUGAUGCCUACUUAUACUCCUAGUGUAGUUUGCUAUUUAAUGGUUGCUUUCUAAAGAUUGAGAAUCACACACGAAAAGUUAUGGAAAAAUCUCACAUUUGCUAUUGAAAAGACCAUUCAUAAAUUUAAUGCUAAAUCUUUCGCUUACACUUAUAUUGCUUACUUAGAAGACACUAGCAGAAGUUCUGAAGAAUUCCGUAAGAAACUCGUUGAAUUGUUACCAAUUCACUUACAUUAAAUGAAUCCCAACUAAUUAACUAGAUGCUUCGAAUUAACUUUCGAAAGAGGUUACAUGAACGAGUAUCUUUUCGAAUAACAUUUCCAUGUUUUAUAUUGGAGAAGAAACGUCUGGUUCGGAGUCAAUAACAUUAUUAAAGUUCUUGAAAUCUAUCCUAAACUCAAUUUUGUUGAUGAUUGCGAUUUCUUUGAAGGUGCUAUUCUAGCUAAUAUUCCUAAAGUUAAGACUCAAUUAAAUGAAUAAAAUACUAAAGCCUUAAUUGAAGCAAUCUAAGCUCUUGAAUCUAAAUACCCUGACUUAAAAAUUAACAGCACCCUUAAGUUCUUAAAUACUCAUCUUACUUUCUGUCAAACAAAGCUUAAAGCUAUCGAAAAUUCUAAAUUCUAUAAAAUAGUUCUUAACGAUUUCGAAUAUUACAAGAUUAAGGAAUCCCAAAGAUUAGAAAAAGAAGCCAAGCAAGCCGAGAAAACCAAUUGA